CUUCAUUCGGCUCUGGUCUUUCACAGAUCACCAGUGCUUUGACCAGGAAACGAAGAGUGUAUUUUCGAACAUCCUUGAGAUGGCCUUCGCAUUUGCUUUUCAGUCCUUGCCCCCUAAUAUCCUCGAAAAGUAUUUUGGUCGCCUACACGGAAUUUCGUAUUCUGGUCUUGGCUUGAAUGUUAUUGGGAGACCUUAUCAGGUCGACUAUCGAUUCAAUAGCAGCCCCGCCUUGAACUAUGUCACAAUUGACUUGAAACAUAUCUAAUCAAAGCUUGCUGAGGCUGUCUUGGGCGCCA